AUGGCCGCCGAGCCCAGCGUCGUGCUGCCCAAAGUCGGCGUGCAGUGGAGCCCUGCCAAGCUACCGUCGCGCGAGACGACCUUAUGGCGGUCGAUCCAAGAGAUUGACGCCCAGCGAUCGCUCCUGCUCAACAAGGCUCAGCGCCGGUGCCAGUCGACGUCGGCGCUGCAGCGCUCGCCGCUUGCGUCGCCGACCAAGAAGCCGCCACGUAAGGUCGAGGACCACAUCUUGUGCAGCUGCGGCCAUGACGUGGCGCUGCGUCAGCUCAAGCACCACCAGGCUGUCGAGUGCUCGCACCGUCUCAUUGCGUGCCCUCACCACGGGUGCGACGCCAUCGUGUCAGCCCACGAGCUCCACGCGCACGAACUCUCGGCGUGUCUCGUCUACCGCCACACACAGCAGCUUUUGGACGCCCACCACAUCAAGGCGACGCUCUCCGUGUGCUGUCUGGCGUGCGAGGUCGAGGUGUCGCUGCGGCUCCUGGCUGCGCACGUGGCGCUCGAGUGCGCUUUGCGGCAAGUGCCCUGCCCGCACGCGUCGGAGGGCUGCUCCGAGAUGCACAUUGUGUAUCAGGACCUGGAGCGCCACUUGGCUACAGCGUGCCGCGUCGCCAAGCACAAGGCAGCGGUGCUUGAAGCGUCCAAGACCGUCAACGAGGUGGUCCCCUGCGACUGGUGCAACGAGCCCGUGAAAAAGCGUCACCUGACGGACCACAAGGAAGACGCGUGCUUGAUGCGCGAGCGGCAGUGUCCCAACUGGCCCCUCGGGUGCCGCGAGUGGGUGCCCGUCGGAGCGUUCGCCGAGCACAUAAGCACUGUGUGCAUCGUAACGAUCGGUCGGCACGAGCUCGCCAAGCUUGCGGCGAUCAAGGACGGCCCCGCGCAGUGCCGCGAGUGUGGCGACGAAGUGGCUUUGCGCAAGCUGCCGCAGCACACGCGGGUGUCCUGUCCUGCACGUCUCGUUCCCUGUGCCAACGCUAUCCACGGCUGCAAAGCGACGCUCAAGUUUCGGGAUCGCCAUAUCCACGAGGACGUCAACGUGUCGCCCGAGGCGCGGGCCGUGCUUCGCUUUGGCGCGCGACAGGGCUACGUCCGCAUCGAUGGCGGCGACGACCGCAAGCCGCCGUGGUGCGCCGAGUUCUGGGUCCACCUCUUCUCCAAGGCCGACGAUGUGCUGCACUUUAUGGCUGACGCACUGCGGUGGCAAGCGACGCUGCGAGAGACGCUUCCACGCCUCGACGGCUGCAUUGCCGACGAGAAGGCACUGAAAGAGCAGAUCAAGACGGUUGUGCUGCGUAAGAAGCACAAUGAAGACAACGGCGAACUGACGCGACUACAGACCCAAGCCCAGCUCGUCGACGAAGGCAUCUCGGGCUGCAAGUCGAUCAUCGCCGAGGCCAAUGCGCGCAUCUUUUCGCUCGUCUCGGACGCCGCGACGCUCGUCCAGUCCAUCAACGACAUUGCCGAGCGCGCAAGCCUCUCGGAACAAGUGCGCGUCCAAGCCCAGCUGCGCCAGCCAACGUGGUCGAAAGCCGACUUGGAUUUGUAUGGGCACGUCGAGCACUGGCUCGCAGCGCUCAAGAACGCGGCCGCGACGGCCAAAGCCAACGAAGCCCCCCAUGCCAAGCUCAUCAAGAAGCGCCUGCAGCUACUGCAGGCGAUCGAAGACCACGAGCGGUCGCGUCCCACCGAUGUGCGCGAGAGUGCGCGCUUCUUGAAGCACGCGCGGAAGGAGCUCAGUCGCCUCGACGACAAACUCGCAGCACACGUCGACGUCCCACUGACCCUUGCGCAGGCGCCGAUCGGGUUUCAUACCAUCGCCGCGUCCAAGGCCGCCGGCAUCCACGCCGUCAUGGUGGCUGGCGCCGGCGUGGGUUUGCAUACGUUCGACACGAAAGCGCGCUUCAAGGCCGAGCUCCCGCGGGAGCGCUGGGUGCACAUGGCCCUCAACGCCUCCGCAACCUCGGUGCAACUUGUGCUCGAUGGCGCCGUCGUCGACGAGCGCCCUGGCACGUUCCACCUCCCGAUGGAGACGCUCGGCGCGUCCGAAAAGGCCUUCCGCGGUCAUCUGCAGGAAGUUCGGUACUGGUCGACGACGCGGACCCCGUCCGAGCUUUUGGCGUCCAUGCGAACGACGCUCGCGCUCGCCCCAACGCUCCUAGCAUAUUGGACGCUCGAAGAAGGCAUGGGACCGUUCGUCGAAGACGUGAGCGGCCACUUGCCUCGCGUCCCCAUCUUCAACACGUCGUGGAGUCACUACACGAUGGCAACGCUUCAGCGCCUCGGCGACCCGCCGACGCCGUCGUUCCGGCAACGUCACAUGUGCGCGGUCGUCGUGCGGCGCAACUUCCUCGCCAACAAGCACGCGAUGCGGCAAGUGUCCCGCGAGUGCAGUCUCGGCUGCGGUCUUCACGUCGCGCUGCCAGCGAUGGACAUUCAUGUUCGGUGCGAAUGCCCCAAGCGCAUGGACGUCUGCCGCGCCCCGGGCUGCGGCCGCACGUACAAGGUGUCGCGCGGCCACCGCUGCCGUGUCGCACAACGUCGGGACGACCUCGCUGCCGAGUAUGUUCGCAAGCAUGAGCUGGUCGAGUGCCCGUUCGGCUGCGGCGAGCUCGUCAUUCGCCAAGACGUCGCACGGCAUCGCAAGCUCCACUGCUCGUGCCGGUUUGUCCUGUGCCCCAACGACGGCUGUGGCCGGUCGUACAUCCAGCGCAACGCCAAGUGGCACGUCGCGCACGACUGCGACGCGCCGCAUUUGCUUGCCGAGCGGGCCAUGGUGCAGCGGUCGCGGCAGCGCCAGGAAGCGACACCGAGCGCCGCAUGCAGCCGGGGUACGCCCUUGUCACCACCUCGGGCGCCGCGACGACCCGUUACCACCACGACAACCUCCGAGGAGAGUCCUCUGCCCCGCCGCGCGUCGACCACCAACGCCACGCUAUCCCGUGACAUUGCACAGUUGAAACCUUGA